GUAUAAAGUGGGAUCUCAUUGAAUCCUCGUCGCCAGAAUACCUCCCAACAAGCACCUAUUGCACUGUCUGCGCAAUCUGGGGAACCUGCCACCGGCAAUGAGAGUCUUCAACGUAUUGGCUCCUCUCGGUCUCGGCGCUCUAGCUUGUGCUUCGUCCAGCAGCGACUGCCGCUGUAUAUACGGUGAGACCUGCUGGCCAAAUACCACUCAGUUCGAUCAACUGCAAGGCCAAAUAUCUCAGCCGCUACUUCACCCUCUCCCCCCCGCAUCCCCCUGUUAUCCCCCUUCUGACCCUUCUGGCAACUGCACAGCGGUCAACCAGGGCUGGGGCGAUGGAAAUUGGCGUUCGAGCCAAGAUGGUGCUAUGCAGAGUACAAACUGGGAAACCUUCACGUUCAAGAACGGCACCAUCGAUGCAUGCUACCUAAACACCACUAUCACCAAGAUAUGCGAACAAGGCAGUGUGCCUGUGGUUGGCGUUGACGCUCGGGAGCCUAGUGAUAUCCAAGCUGCAGUGAAUUUUGCGGUGGAACAUAACCUCCGCCUGGUGGUAAAAAAUACAGGACAUGAUUACCUGGGACGCAGCACCGCAAGAGGCUCUUUCAUGAUCUGGACUCACAAUAUGAAAAAUAUCACGUAUAAUUCUUCUUUCGUUCCGGAGGGUGCACCUGCAACUGAGUCAUACGAAGCCAUCACUCUCGGUGCUGGAGUUCAAUGGCAUGAAGCUUACGACGCUAUUCAAGCUCAGGGGCGAGUGAUGGUUGGCGGAGCGUCUGCUGGAGGAUCGGUAGGUGCUGCUGGCGGUUGGGUCUUGGGAGGUGGCCACAGUUCUCUUGCUCCCUCGUUUGGUCUCGGCGCCGACAAUGUCGUAGAAAUGGGCGUAGUACUUUCCACUGGCGAAUACGUGGUUGCUAAUUCGUACCAACGUCCUGAUCUUUUUUGGGCUUUGCGUGGCGGCGGAGGGGGCACCUAUGGUGUCGUCACUCAUGUGACCUACCAUACCUACCCCUCCUUCCCCGUUGCAGCCGUGUUCUUCGAGGCAAAUACGACCAAUACGGAUGUGAUGCAAACAGUGUUCACCGAGUUCACGCGAAUUCACCCCGCCAUCUCUGAUGCAGGCUGGUCUGGUUACGCGCUCAUCAGCAGUGAGGCCAUGGGAUUUUUUUAUAUCGCCCCCAAUACCUCCGUAGCCCAAGCCAACGCAACGUUCGACCCAUUCUUCACUUUCGCACAGAAUCUGACCUCGCAGGGUCUCAUCGUUUCAAACUACACAGUCCCAUUUGAUUCUUGGUAUUCUUGGUACACGACGCUCUUCAAUACAACCGGUCAAGUCGGAGGAAACUCUCAGAUCAGUUCUCGCCUGCUCCCUCGAGAGUCCUUUGAAAACAACUACGAGCAGUUGGCGAAAACGCUCUUCGCCCUUCCUGGAGGCUAUAGCUGGAAUUUCGUGGCAGGAGGUGAAGUCUCCAGGAUCGACCCUGAUUCUGUCGCCGUCAAUCCUGCCUGGCGCGAUGCGCUUGUCGAAGUUGCCUAUGGCGAGUCUUGGGACGAGGGUGCUACGUCCGGCGAAAUCGACGCGCUCAUCUCUCAGCUCAAACAAAGUAUGGCAGCAGUCAGCGCCAUCACACCCAAUUCAGGGGCUUACUACAACGAGGCUUCUUUGUACGAAGUUGAUUUCCAGUAUACUUUCUUUGGGGAGCACUACCCCUCGCUGUUGGCGAUCAAGGACAAGUAUGAUCCACACCGCUUGUUUGUGGUAGCGAAGGGCGUUGGUUCUGAGGAAUGGGAUAGCGAGUUGAGGUGCCGGUCUUGAUAUGGCUGGAGUGUUAUUUCAUGAAGGUGUUUGCUGAAUUCUGAUCCCAGUAUUGCUUUUAUAUUUGGUAAAUGCUUGUAUAGAAGGAUAUUUAUUGUUCUGAGCUGCCGUAUCACUCAGAUAUUUAAAGUUAGUCGUGUUUCUUUCUA